CCACAUUCCACUCACUCUUUUCUGUAUCAUCCCCCUCCUCCCCUCCCCUUCCUCCUCCUCAUGUGCCUCCUCUUCCUGCUCCUCCUUCCCUUCCUCCUGCUCCUCCUCCUCCUCCUCUUCCUCCUCCCCUCCCCUUCCUCCUCCUCGUGUGCCUCCUCUACCUGCUCCUCCUCCCCUUCCUCCCGCUCCUCCUCCUUCCCCUUCCUCCUCCUCCUCCUCCUCCUCCUCCUCCUCCCCCCUUCCUCCUCCUCCUCCUCCUCCUCCUCCUCCUCCUCCCCUUUCUCCUCCCCCCAUUCAAACCCCUCCAGACUGACCACAGAGCGUCAGAAGCAUCAGUAUCGCCUCCACUCUGUGGCGUGUGUUGGCACUGAGGUCCACCUGGCAGCCUGCCCCCUGGAGUCCAACAAGGGUAAUUAUGGAGGGAGAUUGCACCAUGAUCAGACCAGAGUUAUGUUGAAUAUAUUCACUGUGCAUAUUUGUGAGUUGUAUUCUGUGUAUUUACAUAAUUGUGUAUCUAUUCUCACUCCAUAGGAAAUGCCACAGGGUCCUGUGAAGGUGGCAUGCCAGCCGUGGUCAGCUGUGUGCCUGGACCACAGUACGUACAGAACAACGGACUGAAGAAGAAGAUGCUCAAAACGAUGGUGAUUAGGAGUAGCAAUGUGUGUGUGUGUCUCACUAGCAUUGCAUAGACUUGAAGGAGGCAUAUUUUCGCUUCAACUACAGUUUCUUAAUCUGAUCAGUUUGGUGUUCCUGCUCUGUGUUGUCUUUCUCUGUAGAGGACAGUGAGUUAACUGUCUCCUGUCUGUAGAACACAGUGAGUUAACUGUCUCCUGUCUGUAGAACACAGUGAGUUAACUGUCUCCUGUCUGUAGAGCACAGUGAGUUAACUGUCUCCUGUCUGUAGAGCACAGUGAGUUAACUGUCUCCUGUCUGUAGAGCACAGUGAGUUAACUGUCUCCUGUCUGUAGAACACAGUGAGUUAACUGUCUCCUGUCUGUAGAACACAGUGAGUUAACUGUCUCCUGUCUGUAGAGCACAGUGAGUUAACUGUCUCCUGUCUGUAGAGCACAGUGAGUUAACUGUCUCCUGUCUGUAGAGCACAGUGAGUUAACUGUCUCCUGUCUGUAGAGCACAGUGAGUUAACUGUCUCCUGUCUAUAGAACACAGUGAGUUAACUGUCUCCUGUCUGUAGAACACAGUGAGUUAACUGUCUCCUGUCUGUAGAGCACAGUGAGUUAACUGGCUCCUGUCUGUAGAGCACAGUAAGUUAACUGUCUCCUGUCUGUAGAACACAGUGAGUUAACUGUCUCCUGUCUGUAGAGCACAGUGAGUUAACUGUCUCCUGUCUGUAGAACACAGUGAGUUAACUGUCUCCUGUCUGUAGAGCACAGUGAGUUAACUGGCUCCUGUCUGUAGAGCACAGUGAGUUAACCUUCUCCUGUCUGUAGAACACAGUGAGUUAACUGUCUCCUGUCUGUAGAGCACAGUGAGUUAACUGUCUCCUGUCUGUAGAACACAGUGAGUUAACUGUCUCCUGUCUGUAGAACACAGUGAGUUAACUGUCUCCUGUCUGUAGAACACAGUGAGUUAACUGUCUCCUGUCUGUAGAACACAGUGAGUUAACUGUCUCCUGUCUGUAGAACACAGUGAGUUAACUGUCUCCUGUCUGUAGAGCACAGUGAGUUAACUGUCUCCUGUCUGUAGAACACAGUGAGUUAACUGUCUCCUGUCUGUAGAACACAGUGAGUUAACUGUCUCCUGUCUGUAGAGCACAGUGAGUUAACUGUCUCCUGUCUGUAGAGCACAGUGAGUUAACUGUCUCCUGUCUGUAGAGCACAGUGAGUUAACUGUCUCCUGUCUGUAGAGCACAGUGAGUUAACUGUCUCCUGUCUAUAGAACACAGUGAGUUAACUGUCUCCUGUCUGUAGAACACAGUGAGUUAACUGUCUCCUGUCUGUAGAGCACAGUGAGUUAACUGGCUCCUGUCUGUAGAGCACAGUAAGUUAACUGUCUCCUGUCUGUAGAACACAGUGAGUUAACUGUCUCCUGUCUGUAGAGCACAGUGAGUUAACUGUCUCCUGUCUGUAGAACACAGUGAGUUAACUGUCUCCUGUCUGUAGAGCACAGUGAGUUAACUGGCUCCUGUCUGUAGAGCACAGUGAGUUAACCUUCUCCUGUCUGUAGAACACAGUGAGUUAACUGUCUCCUGUCUGUAGAGCACAGUGAGUUAACUGUCUCCUGUCUGUAGAACACAGUGAGUUAACUGUCUCCUGUCUGUAGAACACAGUGAGUUAACUGUCUCCUGUCUGUAGAACACAGUGAGUUAACUGUCUCCUGUCUGUAGAACACAGUGAGUUAACUGUCUCCUGUCUGUAGAACACAGUGAGUUAACUGUCUCCUGUCUGUAGAGCACAGUGAGUUAACUGUCUCCUGUCUGUAGAACACAGUGAGUUAACUGUCUCCUGUCUGUAGAACACAGUGAGUUAACUGUCUCCUGUCUGUAGAACACUGUGAGUUAACUGUCUCCUGUCUGUAGAACACAGUGAGUUAACUGUCUCCUGUCUGUAGAGCACAGUGAGUUAACUGUCUCCUGUCUAUAGAACACAGUGAGUUAACUGUCUCCUGUCUGUAGAACACAGUGAGUUAACUGUCUCCUGUCUGUAGAACACAGUGAGUUAACUGUCUCCUGUCUGUAGAGCACAGUGAGUUAACUGGCUCCUGUCUGUAGAGCACAGUGAGUUAACCUUCUCCUGUCUGUAGAACACAGUGAGUUAACUGUCUCCUGUCUGUAGAACACAGUGAGUUAACUGUCUCCUGUCUGUAGAACACAGUGAGUUAACUGUCUCCUGUCUGUAGAACACAGUGAGUUAACUGUCUCCUGUCUGUAGAGCACAGUGAGUUAACUGUCUCCUGUCUGUAGAACACAGUGAGUUAACUGUCUCCUGUCUGUAGAGCACAGUGAGUUAACUGUCUCCUGUCUGUAGAACACAGUGAGUUAACUGUUUCCUGUCUGUAGAACACAGUGAGUUAACUGUCUCCUGUCUGUAGAACACAGUGAGUUAACUGUCUCCUGUCUGUAGAACACAGUGAGUUAACUGUCUCCUGUCUGUAGAACACUGUGAGUUAACUGUCUCCUGUCUGUAGAGCACAGUGAGUUAACUGUCUCCUGUCUGUAGAGCACAGUGAGUUAACUGUCUCCUGUCUGUAGAACACAGUGAGUUAACUGUCUCCUGUCUGUAGAACACAGUGAGUUAACUGUCUCCUGUCUGUAGAACACAGUGAGUUAACUGUCUCCUGUCUGUAGAACACAGUGAGUUAACUGUCUCCUGUCUGUAGAACACAGUGAGUUAACUGUCUCCUGUCUGUAGAGCACAGUGAGUUAACUGUCUCCUGUCUGUAGAGCACAGUGAGUUAACUGUCUCCUGUCUGUAGAGCACAGUGAGUUAACUGUCUCCUGUCUGUAGAGCACUGUGAGUUAACUGUCUCCUGUCUGUAGAGCACUGUGAGUUAACUGUCUCCUGUCUAUAGAACACAGUGAGUUAACUGUCUCCUGUCUGUAGAGCACAGUGAGUUAACUGUCUCCUGUCUGUAGAGCACAGUGAGUUAACUGGCUCCUGUCUGUAGAGCACAGUGAGUUAACUGUCUCCUGUCUGUAGAACACAGUGAGUUAACUGUCUCCUGUCUGUAGAACACAGUGAGUUAACUGUCUCCUGUCUGUAGAACACAGUGAGUUAACUGUCUCCUGUCUGUAGAGCACAGUGAGUUAACUGUCUCCUGUCUGUAGAGCACAGUGAGUUAACUGUCUCCUGUCUGUAGAACACAGUGAGUUAACUGUCUCCUGUCUGUAGAACACAGUGAGUUAACUGUCUCCUGUCUGUAGAGCACAGUGAGUUAACUGUCUCCUGUCUGUAGAACACAGUGAGUUAACUGUCUCCUGUCUGUAGAACACAGUGAGUUAACUGUCUCCUGUCUGUAGAACACAGUGAGUUAACUGUCUCCUGUCUGUAGAACACAGUGAGUUAACUGUCUCCUGUCUGUAGAACACAGUGAGUUAACUGUCUCCUGUCUGUAGAGCACAGUGAGUUAACUGUCUCCUGUCUGUAGAGCACAGUGAGUUAACUGUCUCCUGUCUGUAGAACACAGUGAGUUAACUGUCUCCUGUCUGUAGAACACAGUGAGUUAACUGUCUCCUGUCUGUAGAACACAGUGAGUUAACUGUCUCCUGUCUGUAGAACACAGUGAGUUAACUGUCUCCUGUCUGUAGAACACAGUGAGUUAACUGUCUCCUGUCUGUAGAGCACAGUGAGUUAACUGGCUCCUGUCUGUAGAGCACAGUGAGUUAACCUUCUCCUGUCUGUAGAACACAGUGAGUUAACUGUCUCCUGUCUGUAGAACACAGUGAGUUAACUGUCUCCUGUCUGUAGAACACAGUGAGUUAACUGUCUCCUGUCUGUAGAACACAGUGAGUUAACUGUCUCCUGUCUGUAGAGCACAGUGAGUUAACUGUCUCCUGUCUGUAGAACACAGUGAGUUAACUGUCUCCUGUCUGUAGAGCACAGUGAGUUAACUGUCUCCUGUCUGUAGAACACAGUGAGUUAACUGUUUCCUGUCUGUAGAACACAGUGAGUUAACUGUCUCCUGUCUGUAGAACACAGUGAGUUAACUGUCUCCUGUCUGUAGAACACAGUGAGUUAACUGUCUCCUGUCUGUAGAACACUGUGAGUUAACUGUCUCCUGUCUGUAGAGCACAGUGAGUUAACUGUCUCCUGUCUGUAGAGCACAGUGAGUUAACUGUCUCCUGUCUGUAGAACACAGUGAGUUAACUGUCUCCUGUCUGUAGAACACAGUGAGUUAACUGUCUCCUGUCUGUAGAACACAGUGAGUUAACUGUCUCCUGUCUGUAGAACACAGUGAGUUAACUGUCUCCUGUCUGUAGAACACAGUGAGUUAACUGUCUCCUGUCUGUAGAGCACAGUGAGUUAACUGUCUCCUGUCUGUAGAGCACAGUGAGUUAACUGUCUCCUGUCUGUAGAGCACAGUGAGUUAACUGUCUCCUGUCUGUAGAGCACAGUGAGUUAACUGUCUCCUGUCUGUAGAGCACUGUGAGUUAACUGUCUCCUGUCUAUAGAACACAGUGAGUUAACUGUCUCCUGUCUGUAGAGCACAGUGAGUUAACUGUCUCCUGUCUGUAGAGCACAGUGAGUUAACUGGCUCCUGUCUGUAGAGCACAGUGAGUUAACUGUCUCCUGUCUGUAGAACACAGUGAGUUAACUGUCUCCUGUCUGUAGAACACAGUGAGUUAACUGUCUCCUGUCUGUAGAACACAGUGAGUUAACUGUCUCCUGUCUGUAGAGCACAGUGAGUUAACUGUCUCCUGUCUGUAGAGCACAGUGAGUUAACUGUCUCCUGUCUGUAGAACACAGUGAGUUAACUUGUCCCUGAGUAGAGCACAGUGAGUUAACUGUCUCCUGUCUGUAGAGCACAGUGAGUUAACUGUCUCCUGUCUGUAGAACACAGUGAGUUAAACUGUCUCCUGUCUGUAGAACACAGUGAGUUAACUGUCUCCUGUCUGUAGAACACAGUGAGUUAACUGUCUCCUGUCUGUAGAACACAGUGAGUUAACUGUCUCCUGUCUGUAGAGCACAGUGAGUUAACUGUCUCCUGUCUGUAGAGCACAGUGAUUUAACUGUCUCCUGUCUGUAGAACACAGUGAGUUAACUGUCUCCUGUCUGUAGAACACAGUGAGUUAACUGUCUCCUGUCUGUAGAACACAGUGAGUUAACUGUCUCCUGUCUGUAGAACACAGUGAGUUAACUGUCUCCUGUCUGUAGAACACAGUGAGUUAACUCUCUCCUGUCUCUAGAGCACUGUGAGUUAACUGUCUCCUGUCUAUAGAACACAGUGAGUUAACUGUAUCCUGUCUGUAGAGCACAGUGAGUUAACUGUCUCCUGUCUGUAGAGCACAGUGAGUUAACUGUCUCCUGUCUGUAGAGCACAAUGAGUUAACUGUCUCCUGUCUAUAGAACACAGUGAGUUAACUGUCUCCUGUCUGUAGAACACAGUGAGUUAACUGUCUCCUGUCUGUAGAGCACAGUGAGUUAACUGUCUCCUGUCUGUAGAACACAGUGAGUUAACUGUCUCCUGUCUGUAGAGCACAGUGAGUUAACUGUCUCCUGUCUGUAGAGCACAGUGAGUUAACUGUCUCCUGUCUGUAGAGCACAAUGAGUUAACUGACUCCUGUCUAUAGAACACAGUGAGUUAACUGUCUCCUGUCUGUAGAACACAGUGAGUUAACUGUCUCCUGUCUGUAGAGCACAGUGAGUUAACUGUCUCCUGUCUGUAGAGCACAGUGAGUUAACUGUCUCCUGUCUGUAGAGCACAGUGAGUUAACUGUCUCCUGUCUGUAGAGCACAGUGAGUUAACUGUCUCCUGUCUGUAGAACACAGUGAGUUAACUGUCAUCUCCUCUUCUCUGUGUAUCUGUGUCAGUUAACUGUCUCCUGUCUGUAGAACACAGUGAGUUAACUGUCUCCUGUCUGUAGAGCACAGUGAGUUAACUGGCUCCUGUCUGUAGAGCACAGUGAGUUAACUGACUCCUGUCUAUAGAACACAGUGAGUUAACUGUCUCCUGUCUGUAGAACACAGUGAGUUAACUGUCUCCUGUCUGUAGAGCACAGUGAGUUAACUGUCUCCUGUCUGUAGAGCACAGUGAGUUAACUGUCUCCUGUCUGUAGAGCACAGUGAGUUAACUGUCUCCUGUCUAUAGAACACAGUGAGUUAACUGUAUCCUGUCUGUAGAACACAGUGAGUUAACUGUCUCCUGUCUGUAGAGCACAGUGAGUUAACUGUCUCCUGUCUGUAGAGCACAGUGAGUUAACUGUCAUCUCCUCUCUCCUCUUCUCUGUGUAUCUGUGUCAGUUAACUGUCAUCUCCUGUCUGUAGAACACAGUGAGUUAACUGUCAUCUCCUCUCUCCUCUUCUCUGUGUAUCUGUGUCAGUUAACUUACUCCUGUCUGUAGAACACAGUGAGUUAACUGUCUCCUGUCUGUAGAGCACAGUGAGUUAACUGUCUCCUGUCUAUAGAACACAGUGAGUUAACUGUCUCCUGUCUGUAGAACACAGUGAGUUAACUGUCUCCUGUCUGUAGAACACAGUGAGUUAACUGUCUCCUGUCUGUAGAGCACAGUGAGUUAACUGUCAUCUCCUUUCUCCACUUCUCUGUGUAUCUGUGUCAGUUAACUGUCAUCUCCUGUAUCCUCUUCUCUGUGUAUCUGUGUCAGUUAACUGUCAUCUCCUCUCUCCUCUUCUCUGUGUAUAUGUGUCAGUUAACUGUCAUCUCCUGUCUCCUCUUCUCUGUGUAUCUGUGUCAGUUAACUGUCAUCUCCUCUCUCCUCUUCUCUGUGUAUCUGUGUCAGUUAACUGUCAUCUCCUGUCUCCUCUUCUCUGUGUAUCUGUGUCAGUUAACUGUAAUCUCCUGUCUCCUCUUCUCUGUGUAUCUGUGUCAGUUAACUGUCAUCUCCUGUCUCCUCUUCUCUGUGUAUCUGUGUCAGUUAACUGUCAUCUCCUGUCUCCUCUUCUCUGUGUAUCUGUGUCAGUUAACUGUCAUCUCCUGUCUCCUCUUCUCUGUGUAUCUGUGUCAGUUAACUGUCAUCUCCUGUCUCCUCUUCUCUGUGUAUCUGUGUCAGUUAACUGUCAUCUCCUGUCUCCUCUUCUCUGUGUAUCUGUGUCAGUUAACUGUGUCCCUUGCUGUCCUCUUCCAUCAGAGCAUGGUGAGGCUGAAGGGUGGUGCCAAGCUGGGUGAGGGCAGAGUGGAGGUGCUGAGGAACAAUGAGUGGGGUACGGUGUGUGACGACCGUUGGACCCUGCUGUCAGCCAGCGUAGUGUGCAGGGAGCUGGGCUUCGGAUCCGCCAAGGAGGCCCUGACUGGGGCUCGCAUGGGACAAGGUGAGGACUGAGAACUGUGGUUUAACCUUAUAUAGGUCAAUGGCGAGUGGCGCAGUGGUCUAGCUGUUGUCUAAGGCACUGCAUCGCAGUGCUAGCUGUGCCACUAGAGAUCCUGGUUCGAAUCCAGUCAUAGCCGGCCGCGACCGGGAGACCCAUGGGGCGGCGCACAAUUGGCCCAGCGUCGUCCAGGGUAGGGGAGGGAAUGGCCAGCAGGGAUGUAGCUCAGUUGGUAGAGCAUGGCGUUUGCAACGCCAGGGUUGUGGGUUCGAUUCCCACGGGGGGCCAGUAUAAAAAAAGAUUUUAAAAAAGAUACAUGUAAGUCGCUCUGGAUAAGAGCGUCUGCUAAAUGACUAAAAAAAACAAUUAAAAAGAAAUAAAAAAUAUUUGGUGUAGUGGUUACACUCCCGGAACAGUCACAUAUACGACUCCCAACUGGAGACCAGGGUUCAAUCCCUUUGUCCACUUCCCACUGUUUCUCUUCCAAUUGCCUGUCUCUCCCUUUGAUUUCCAACCUGUCUCUAUAAAGUGUUAAAACACCCAAAAGAUGAUAUGAUAUAUACAGUAUAUUCAAUUGAUUAGACAUGAUUUGGAAAGGCACACACCUGUUUAUGUAAGGUCCCACAGUUGACAGUGCAUGUCAGAGCAAAAACCAAAGCCAUGAGGUCGAAGGAAUUGUCCGUAGAGCUCCGAGACAGGAUUGUGUCAAAGCACAGAUCUGGGGAAGGGUACCAAAAGACUUCUGCAGCAUUGAAGGUCCCCAAGAACACAGUGGCCUCCAUCAUUCUUAAAUGGAAGAAGUUGGGAGGUGACCAAGAACCCAAUGGUCACUCUGACAAAGCUCCAGAGUUCCUCUGUGGAGAUGGGAGAACCUUCCAGAAGGACAACCAUCUCUGCAGCACUCCACCAAUCAGGCCUUUAUGGUAGAGAAGCCAGUCCUCGGUAAAAGGCAUAUGACAGCCCGCUUGGAGUUUACCAAAAGGCACCUAAAGACUCUCAGACCAUGAGAAACAAGAUUCUCUGGUCUGAUGAAACCAAGAUUGAACUCUUUGGCCUAAAUGCCAAGCUUCACGUCUGGAGGAAACCUGGCACCAUCCCUAUGGUGAAGCAUGGUGGUGGCAGCAUCAUGCUGUGGGGAUGUUUUUCAGUGGCAGGGACUUGAAGACUAGUCAGGAUCGAGGGAAAGAUGAACAGAGCAAAGUACAGAGAGAUCCUUGAUGAAAACCUGCUCCAGAGCGCUCAGGACCUCAGACUGGGGCGAAGGUUCACCUUCCAACAGGACAACGACCCUAAGCACACAGCAAAGACAAUGCAGGAGUGGCUUUGGGACAAGUCUCUGAAUGUCCUUGUGUGGCCCAGCCAGAGCCUGGACUUGAACCCGAUCUAACAUCUCCGGAGAGACGUGAAAAUAGUUGUGCAGCGAUGCUUCCCAUCCAACCUGACAGUGCUUGAGAGGAUCUGCAGAGAAGAAUGGGAGAAACUCCCCAAAUACUGGUGUGCCAAACUUGUAGCGUCAUACCCAAGAAGACUUGAGGCUGUAAUCGCUGCCAAAGGUGCUUCAACAAAGUACUGAGUAAAGGGUCUGAAUACUUAUGUAAAUGUGAUAUUUCCGGGUUUUUUUAUUUAUAAAAACCUAUUUUUGCUUUGUCAUUAUGAGGUAUUGUGUGUGUAUAUCGUUGAGGGGAAAAAACGAUUUAAUCCAUUUUAAAAUAAGGCUGUAACGUAACAAAAAGUAGGAAAAGUCAAGGGGUCUGAAUACUUUCCGAAUGCACUGUAUGUAUCAAUGGUAUUACACACAAGGACCAUGAUGAGACAUUUCAUUUAUCUAUUUUAUCUAUUUAUUUUAAAGAGGUUGGAGAGAAAUGCCCUUUCAGUAAUGAUUUGUCCCAAAAAUUAAUUCAAGUCUUUGUCGUGGUUUCCCUAAGAACAAAGCAACUCCAGUAAACCACAGUCUUCCCAGACUGCUUCCCACAAAGCAAGCUGUGUCCAGCACAAAUCUGCUUUUCAUCAUAACUGACUAUUAUGUCCUGCCCUUAUAUUUAGCCUCAUAAUGAAUUGUUUUACCAUGUUCUUUUCAGGACAACCAGGACUACAAGAAGAACACAAAACAAUUUGACAUUAAUGAGUUUUAUAGACAACUGUAAAUACAUUUUUUUUUUAAGCAAAAAACCGGAUAAAAAUGUAUUUUUAUGAAUGCUGUUAGUGCAGAAAUGGUUUGCUCAGUAGGAAAUGAAUAUCCAACUAGUCAGUGACAACUGUGUGGAGUUUGGAGUUUGUGACAGAAACUAUGUGAGCUUAUUACAGUAUUAUAGACACCAUGUCCUGGGAUUUCCUAUGGUCUUCUAUGUAGAAGAACCCCUUACAGUAUUAUAGACACUAUGUCCUGGGAUUUCCUAUGAUCUUCUAUGUAGAAGAACCCCUUACAGUAUUAUAGACACCCUGUCCUGGGAUUUCCUAUGGUCUUCUAUGUAGAAGAACCCCUUACAGUAUUAUAGACACCCUGUCCUGGGAUUUCCUAUGGUCUUCUAUGUAGAAGAACCCCUUACAGUAUUAUAGACACCCUGUCCUGGGAUUUCCUAUGGUCUUCUAUGUAGAAUAACCCCUUACAGUAUUAUAGACACCCUGUCCUGGGAUUUCCUAUGGUCUUCUAUGUAGAAGAACCCCUUACAGUAUUAUAGACACUAUGUCCUGGGAUUUCCUAUGAUCUUCUAUGUAGAAGAACCCCUUACAGUAUUAUAGACACCCUGUCCUGGGAUUUCCUAUGGUCUUCUAUGUAGAAGAACCCCUUACAGUAUUAUAGACACCCUGUCCUGGGAUUUCCUAUGAUCUUCUAUGUAGAAGAACCCCUUACAGUAUUAUAGACACCCUGUCCUGGGAUUUCCUAUGGUCUUCUAUGUAGAAGAACCCCUUACAGUAUUAUAGACACCAUGUCCUGGGAUUUCCUAUGGUCUUCUAUGUAGAAGAACCCCUUACAGUAUUAUAGACACCAUGUCCUGGGAUUUCCUAUGGUCUUCUAUGUAGAAGAACCCCUUACAGUAUUAUAGACACCCUGUCCUGGGAUUUCAUAUGAUCUUCUAUGUAGAAGAACCCCUUACAGUAUUAUAGACACUAUGUCCUGGGAUUUCCUAUGAUCUUCUAUGUAGAAGAACCCCUUACAGUAUUAUAGACACCCUGUCCUGGGAUUUCCUAUGGUCUUCUAUGUAGAAGAACCCCUUACAUUAUUAUAGACACUAUGUCCUGGGAUUUCCUAUGAUCUUCUAUGUAGAAGAACCCCUUACAGUAUUAUAGACACCCUGUCCUGGGAUUUCCUAUGGUCUUCUAUGUAGAAGAACCCCUUACAGUAUUAUAGACACUAUGUCCUGGGAUUUCCUAUGAUCUUCUAUGUAGAAGAACCCCUUACAGUAUUAUAGACACCCUGUCCUGGGAUUCCUAUGGUCUUCUAUGUAGAAGAACCCCUUACAGUAUUAUAGACACUAUGUCCUGGGAUUUCCUAUGAUCUUCUAUGUAGAAGAACCCCUUACAGUAUUAUAGAGACCCUGUCCUGGGAUUUCCUAUGGUCUUCUAUGUAGAAGAACCCCUUACAGUAUUAUAGACACCCUGUCCUGGGAUUUCCUAUGGUCUUCUAUGUAGAAGAACCCCUUACAGUAUUAUAGACACCCUGUCCUGGGAUUUCCUGUGGUCUUCUAUGUAGAAGAACCCCUUACAGUAUUAUAGACACCCUGUCCUGGGAUUUCCUAUGGUCUUCUAUGUAGAAGAACCCCUUACAGUAUUAUAGACACUAUGUCCUGGGAUUUCCUAUGAUCUUCUAUGUAGAAGAACCCCUUACAGUAUUAUAGACACCCUGUCCUGGGAUUUCCUAUGGUCUUCUAUGUAGAAGAACCCCUUACAGUAUUAUAGACACCCUGUCCUGGGAUUUCCUAUGGUCUUCUAUGUAGAAGAACCCCUUACAGUAUUAUAGACACCCUGUCCUGGGAUUCCCUAUGGUCUUCUAUGUAGAAGAACCCCUUACAGUAUUAUAGACACCAUGUCCUGGGAUUUCCUAUGGUCUUCUAUGUAGAAGAACCCCUUACAGUAUUAUAGACAACCCUGUCCUGGGAUUCCCUAUGGUCUUCUAUGUAGAAGAACCCCUUACAGUAUUAUAGACACCAUGUCCUGGGAUUUCCUAUGGUCUUCUAUGUAGAAGAACCCCUUACAGUAUUAUAGACACCAUGUCCUGGGAUUUCCUAUGGUCUUCUAUUUAGAAGAACCCCUUACAGUAUUAUAGACACCUGUCCUGGGAUUUCCUAUGGUCUUCUAUGUAGAAGAACUCCUUACAGUAUUAUAGACACCCUGUCCUGGGAUUUCCUAUGGUCUUCUAUGUAGAAGAACCCCUUACAGUAUUAUAGACACCCUGUCCUGGGAUUUCCUAUGGUCUUCUAUGUAGAAGAACUCCUUACAGUAUUAUAGACACCCUGUCCUGGGAUUUCCUAUGGUCUUCUAUGUAGAAGAACCCCUUACAGUAUUAUAGACACCCUGUCCUGGGAUUUCCUAUGGUCUUCUAUGUAGAAGAACCCCUUACAGUAUUAUAGACACCCUGUCCUGGGAUUUCCUAUGGUCUUCUAUGUAGAAGAACCCCUUACAGUAUUAUAGACACCCUGUCCUUGGAUUUCCUAUGGUCUUCUAUGUAGAAGAACCCCUUACAGUAUUAUAGACACCCUGUCCUGGGAUUCCCUAUGGUCUUCUAUGUAGAAGAACCCCUUACAGUAUUAUAGACACCCUGUCCUGGGAUUUCCUAUGGUCUUCUAUGUAGAAGAACCCCUUACAGUAUUAUAGACACCCUGUCCUGGGAUUUCCUAUGGUCUUCUAUGUAGAAGAACCCCUUACAGUAUUAUAGACACCCUGUCCUGGGAUUCCCUAUGGUCUUCUAUGUAGAAGAACCCCUUACAGUAUUAUAGACACCCUGUCCUGGGAUUCCCUAUGGUCUUCUAUGUAGAAGAACCCCUUACAGUAUUAUAGACACUAUGUCCUGGGAUUUCCUAUGGUCUUCUAUGUAGAAGAACCCCUUACAGUAUUAUAGACACCAUGUCCUGGGAUUUCCUAUGAGUACUACUGUCUUCUAAAAUGUUACUUUUGAUGCCUCUUGAUGUUUUUUGAUUCAUUUAAAGGUUUCUACAAGACACAUCUUGACACAUAAUGUAUAUUACAGCAGUGUCUUUGUGUGUGUGUGUCUGUGUGUGUGUGUGUGUGUCUGUGUGUGUCUGUGUGUGUCUGUGUGUAGGGAUGGGUCCUAUUCACAUGAAUGAGGUCCAGUGUCUGGGGACGGAGAAGUCGAUGUGGAACUGUGUCUUUAAGAACAUAACCUCAGAGGACUGCCAGCAUGUAGAAGACGCCGCUGUGAGGUGCAACACGCCCUACAUGGCUCUGGAGAACUCGGUCAGAGACUAACUACUCAAUUUAAAUUAAAUUCCAUUCCAUUCCAUUCUGUUUAAUGAACUUCAAAUCUUCCUAGAAGGCCAGUUAGUGUUAUAUCCUGUUUUACUGAGAGCAUGUUGCACCUGUAUUCGUAGUGCUGAACAUCCGCUCGAUUGAAACUUCUGAUUGACAUAUACAUUCAGUGUUAACCGCGAACGCGGAAACAUUUAAUUUUCAAUUUAAAUCGUGCUAUACUGCGGAUCUUCAGCACUACGGAUUGAAUCUAGGCCUAAGUAAAAGUUGAAAAAAGUAAGUUAGUUAAGCAAAUGGAGUGGGGGGGUUAUAUUUACUGAGAAUUUUAAACUGUUUAUUGAUCAGCGAUGUGUUGACAAGAGGUAAUAGAUUCCUCAUCAGGCAGAAAUGUUUGCUGCAAUAAUGUUCAAUACAAUGUUAGUAGUAUUGUGAUGAGAGACAUUAACCUGGAUGCAUCCUGAAUAAGUGAUGUGUGGAAUGACGUCCUUUACACUCAUCAAACACAUGCCUUUAACAAUACAUAACAAUACAUAACAAUACAUAACAAUACAUAACAAUACAUAACAAUACAUGCCUUUAACAAUACAUGCCUUUAACAAUACAUAACAAUACAUGCCUUUAACAAUACAUGCCUUUAACAAUACAUGCCUUUAACAAUACAUGCCAAUACAUGCCUUUAACAAUACAUAACAAUACAUGCCUUUAACAAUACAUGCCUUUAACAAUACAUGACAAUACAUAACAAUACAUAACAAUACAUAACAAUACAUAACAAUACAUGCCUUUAACAAUACAUGCCUUUAACAAUACAUAACAAUACAUGCCUUUAACAAUGCAUGACAAUACAUGCCUUUAACAAUACAUAACAAUACAUGCCUUUAACAAUACAUGCCUUUAACAAUACAUGACAAUACAUGCCUUUAACAAUACAUGCCUUUAACAAUACAUGACAAUACAUGCCUUUAACAAUACAUGCCUUUAACAAUACAUGCCUUUAACAAUACAUAACAAUACAUGCCUUUAACAAUACAUAACAAUACAUGCCUUUAACAAUACAUGACAAUACAUGCCUUUAACAAUACAUGCCUUUAACAAUACAUGACAAUACAUGCCUUUAACAAUACAUGACAAUACAUGCCUUUAACAAUACAUGCCUUUAACAAUCCAUGACAAUACAUGCCUUUAACAAUACAUGCCAUUAACAAUACAUGACAAUACAUGCCUUUAACAAUACAUAACAAUACAUGCCUUUAACAAUACAUGACAAUACAUGCCUUUAACAAUACAUAACAAUACAUGCCUUUAACAAUAGAUGCCUUUAACAAUACAUGACAAUACAUGCCUUUAACAAUACAUAACAAUACAUGCCUUUAACAAUACAUGCCUUUAACAAUACAUGACAAUACAUGCCUUUAACAAUACAUGCCUUUAACAAUACAUGCCUUUAACAAUACAUGACAAUACAUGCCUUUAACAAUACAUGACAAUACAUGCCUUUAACAAUACAUAACAAUACAUGCCUUUAACAAUACAUGCCUUUAACAAUACAUAACAAUACAUGCACAACAAAGAGCUUCAGAAACCCCUAACCUAAAGCAUGGAGCCCUAUUCCCUAUUCCCUAUUCCCUAUUCCCUAUUCCCUAUAAAAGUACUGCAAUAUAUAGGCAGUAGGGUGGCAUCUGAGAUGUCUACACUCUUAGAAAACAAGGUGCUAGAGUGCAUUCGGAAAGUAUUCAGACCCCUUGACUUUUUACAUAAGUAUUCAGCCCCCUUGACUUUUUACAUAAGUAUUCAGCCCCCUUGACCUUUUACAUAAGUAUUCAGACGCCUUGACUUUUUACAUAAGUAUUCAGCCCCCUUGACCUUUUACAUAAGUAUUCAGACCCCUUGAACUUUUACAUAAGUAUUCAGACCCCUUGACUUUUUACAUAAGUAUUCAGCCCCCUUGACCUUUUACAUAAGUAUUCAGACCCCUUGAACUUUUACAUAAGUAUUCAGACCCCUUGCUAUGCGACUCGAAAUUGAGCUCAGGUUCAUCCUGUUUCCAUUGAUCAUCCUUGAGAUGUUUCUAUAACUUGAUUGGAGUCAACCUGGGGUAAAUUCAAAUGAUUGGACAUGAUUUGGAAAGGCACACACCUGUUUAUACAAGGUCCCACAGUUGACAGUGCAUGUCAGAGCAAAAACCAAGCCACGAGGUCGAAGAAAUUGUCCGUAGAGCUCCAAGACAGGAUUGUGUCGAGGCACAGAUCUGGGGAAGGGUACCACAAAAUAUCUGCAGCAUUGAAGUUCCCAAGAACACAGUGGCCUCCAUCAACUCCUAGAGCUGGCCGCCCGGCCAAACUGAGCAAUUGGGGGAGAAGGCACUCUGACAGAGCUCCAGAAUUCCUCUGUGGAGAUGGGAGAACCUUCCAGAAGGACAACCAUCUCUGCAGCACUCCACCAAUCAGGCCUUUAUGGUAGAGUGACCAGACGGACACCACUCCUCAGUAAAAGGCACAUGACAGCCCGCUUGGAGUUUGCCAAAAGGCACCUAAAGGACUCUCAGACCAUGAGAAACAAGAUUCUCUGGUCUGAUGAAACCAAGAUUGAACUCUUUGGCCUGAAUGCCAAGCGUCACGUCUGAAGGAAACCUGGCACCAUCCCUACGGUGAAGCAUGGUGGUGGCAGCAUUGAGUGGCCCAGCCAGAGCCCGGACUUGAUCCUGAAAAUAGCUGUGCAGCGACACUCCCAAUCCAACCUGACAGAGCUUGAGUGGAUCUGCAGAGAAGAAUGGGAGAAACUCCCCAAAUACAGAUGUGCCAAGCUUGUAGCGUCAUACCCAAGAAGACUCGAGGCUGUAAUCGCUGCCAAAGGUGCUUCAACAAAGUACUGAGUAAAGAGUCUUAAUACUUAUGUAAAUGUGAUAUUUCAGGAUUUUUUUCAUUAGAUACAUUUCCAAAAAAUUCUACAAACCUUGUUUUUGCUUUGUCAUUAUGGGGUAUUGUGUGUAGAUUGAUGAGGGAAAAAAACUAUUUAAUCAAUUUUAGAAUAAGGCUGUAACGUAACAAAAUGUGGAAAUAUUCAAGGGGUCUGAAUACUUUCCGAAUGCACUGUAUCUAGAACCUUUGGAGAACCCUUUUGGGUUCCUUGGAGAACCCUUUUGGUUCCAAGUAUAACCUUUUUGUGUUCAAUCUACCUGGAUCCCAAAAGGGUUCUACCUGGAACCCAAAAGGGUUCUCCUAUGGGGACAGCCGAAUAACCCUUUUUUUUAAGAGUCUGGCUAAACAGCAUGUAUUCAGCCAGACCAUACUUCCCCAAUCUCCGCGCUCCUACUCGUACAUCCUCCUCCUCCCCCCUCCCCCCGCCCUCCGCUUCCUAACCCGUCUGCCCCCCACAGAUCCGCCUGACAGGUGGCCGUACGCGUUAUGAGGGGCGGGUGGAGGUGCUGAGUACGGAGGCUAACGGGACCAGGAGCUGGGGGCUGAUCUGUGGAGGGGCCUGGGGCACCAAGGAGGCCAUGGUGGUCUGCAGACAGCUGGGGCUAGGCUACGCUAACAACGGCCUGCAAGUAGGUCUAUUAGGCAAGCUAACGGCUUUUCCCACCGCUAAUAUAAUAUGCUUAAACCAGGUUAUAACCAUGGACUACAAGUACCAUGAAUCUCCAACCUCACUAACCGUGGCAACUAUGGAAUACAUGUCCAUGAAUCCCCUCAACCAGUCAUGAUAAUACAUGAAUCCCCUCCACCAAUCAUGAUAAUACAUGAAUCCCCUCCACCAAUCAUGAUAAUGUGACGAGUCGGAUAUGUUCCGCGGACCAAAGGGAACCCACCGUCUUAACCAUUAGACCAGUGGUAUUCAAAGUUUGGGUCGCGCUGUAAUUGCAGUGGGGUCGCCAAAUUUUAAAACCAAAAAUGAAGAGUACAGAUUAUUUUAUGCGACAAUAUACACAAACUCCAUUCCAUAUUGAGAAAGAUCAUUUGAAAAUACAAUUUCAUUGAGCAAAUGGAUGUAUUUGUUCUCUUAAUUUUGAUAGGAGAGAUGAAAAUGUAAUUAAUUGAAGGUUAUUGUUGAUGUGAAAAUCUAAAUUUAACGAUUUUAAGGUUGUGUCAUCAUUAUAUUUGGGGUGGGGUGGGUAUUUUCUCGUGAAAGACAUUGGGUCCCCAGAAAUUCUGGCGAAAUUGUUUUGGUUUAGACUAGGGCCGUUACAGUGACCGUAUUACCGCCACACCGGCGGUCACGAGUCAUGACUGCAGUCAAAUUCCACAUGACCGUUUAGUCACGGUAACUAGGCUUCUCCAAGCUCUGAUGCUGCUGCUGGUCAUUAGUAGCCUACCAAACUUGCUAACUGCCUGGUACUCAGAACUCUAUUGUCCCUCUAAAUCACUCUGACGUCAAUUCAAAUGUAAUCGGAAAUCUAAUCAAACACUUCAUGAGAGACCAUGAGCUCAUGUUGGGCAACAUUUCUAUAGGCUCCGCAAUGGCGUGAGAAAACAGAGUGAUGGCCUCUACUAAAAAGAGGAGGAUCUCAUCAGCUUUCUAUAGGCUAGGCCUACUAUAUUUAUUUCUCAACUUUCCUAAUAUUAAGCACAUUGUUUAUCUUUACAACAGGAGUAUAGCCUACCUGGCUGGCAUGAAAAUGAACCACGGGAGAAGCGUCCUCCAUUCGCUAUUUAAGUGCGUAGAUGACAUGUAUUUGUAAAAUAACCUAGCCUACCUGGCUGCUUUACAACGUGGUGUAGAGCCUAACUGGCAUACAUAAGCAGCGCGUGAGUUUCAAGUUUGGGGAAGAUAAUUUUCACCAUAAAAAUGCACCUUUAUAAUAUAAGCAUUACAUGCAUAAAUCGCAUUUGCGGUCACUUUUGAUAAUGGUGUUUUCCCGCUAAUGGAACAUUCACGCUUAUAGCCUACUGCCGUGUGCACAUUGCUGCGCUUAUAAUGUGAAGAAACAGACUAAUAGUUUAUCAACAUUUUAAGCUAAACGUUCUGAUCUGUUGCAUCAGGAUCAUUGCGUAAAAAAACAUGUGUGUUUGGAAUAUUUAUUUCUCUGGCCGCAAAGGGCAUGGAUUUUUUAGGGUGCAUUAUGGCCACACAAAGGGGAUGCAGCCGGGAAAUUCGAGGCAUUAUCAAGUGCUUGUCAAAUUGUGAAUGAGAGACUGAUGAAGUAUGUACAUCCUGCGCAAAAAAAACAAAGCAGAGCUCAUGCCUUUCAUGAGAUUUUUUUCAAAUCAUCAUUAGGUCGCAUCAUGCAGCCUUACAAUGUAUUAAAAAUCAAAACAUAUAGCCCAACAUUUGUAUCACAUCUAAAGUUACAUAAAUAACUCUAAAUUAAGCAUAUAGGAGGACCUGUUUCUUUGUUAAACGCUCAACACAGAAUAGCCGCAUGGGCGCACUCCCUCAAAUUGUUUGGAGAAAAUAUCCUUUAUUUUAUUUAUCUUUGUUCAAUUCUAUUCUUUAGACCUGUCUAAAAUAAAUAAUGGAUUUAUUGUGAAGGUGUAGACCAGGACUGCCCAACCCUGUUCCUGGAGAGCUACCCUCCUGUAGGUUUUAACUCCAACCCUGUUCAUGGAGAGAUACCCUCCUGUAGGUUUUAACUCCAACCCUGUUCCUGGAGAGCUACCCUCCUGUAGGUUUUAACUCCAACCCUGUUCCCGGAGAGCUACCCUCCUGUAGGUUUUAACUCCAACCCUGUUCCUGGAGAGAUACCCUCUUUUAUGUUAAUUAACGGUAAAUUACCGUGAGACCGGCAGUUAUUUGCUUGACAGUCACCGGCUGACGAAAUGUCGUGACCACCACAGCCCUAGUUUAGACCAACCCCACCACCCCACCCCAUUGCUGGGGGGGGGGGAUAAGCCAACAGCCAACCAUAACAUGCCCGGUGGCGACACCUCAUUGGUUCUCCCAACCCACCAGGAAGGAACCAAUGUGGCUCCCCGCUCCAUGACUCACCCUGACAUGUUCAUUCUGACAUGUUGUUCUAUGAGUCUAUGGACUAACCCCACAGCUGCUGCUGCAUCAGCAAUCCACUGGCCCUCAGGACUGACAUGUUGUUCUAUGAGUCUAUGGACUAACCCCACAGCUGCUGAAAAUUUGAAUCCGGUGUGCUUGUCCGGGGUUACAAUAAAAAUGUGUACUGUUGGGGGAAGCACAGACAGACUACAGACAGGCUACAGACAGGACAUGAGGUGCCAUCUGAUUGACGUCUCCCAGGGGAUAAGUCUGAGACGUAAACCCCCAGUGGAAAUGCACAGGAAGUGCCCUCUCACUGACAUCCCCUAGGGCCCCCCCCCCUCUGCAGGUGCGUAUCGUGGGAGGCAGGACGUACUAUGAGGGCCGUGUGGAGGUUCAGGUGGGGGCGCGGUGGGGCACGGUGUGCUCUGCAGGCUGGACCACUAAAGAGGCCAUGGUAGUCUGCAGACAGCUAGGCUUGGGAUACUCCAUGCAUGCCAUCACUGUGAGUAAACACUGGGAGAGAAAACAGUCAAUACCACGGCUCAUUCCUACUAGUCAAAGUAUUCUCCUCCCUUAUCAUUUUACAGGGAUGUGUGGUUGGCUUACCUGACAGAUACAUUUUUUUUUUUUUUAAGCACUCACAUCUGAGUUAUCUUGUUGACGGGAAUAACGUCCAAGUAAAGAGAAACCGGCACACUGCUCUUUGCGCGUAUCACUUUUUUUAUUUAUUUAAGCUACGCUACAAGCAAGAGCACCGUGCAGGUUUCUCUUUUCUUUAAAGCAGAGAGAAGAAAGUCAUUUCUCUGAGUUAAAGUAUUAUACCGUACUGCCUUAUCAUUGUCCUACAUAGUUGUAAGGUGUCUUUUAGUCAGAGGCAGAAUGAUGAUGGGCAAUCAAUUUCAAUCAAUCGUUUUAUUAAUCGUUGAUCAUGCACAAAUUUAAAUGCAUUUAUUUGCCAUAAAAAUGAGCAUGAAUGCUAACCUAAUUGACAUGCUGUAUGUCACUCCUCACCUCUCCAACAUGCUAGCUGAUGUGUGGUGAGCAUUCUGGCACAAAUGAGUUGCAUCACUCAGGUGGGUGCUACACAUUGGUGGUGGAUGAGUUGGAUGAGGAUGAGGUGAGUUUCCACAUGUACACUAGAAAAAAAGGUUAUCUAGACCAGGGACGGGCAACUCCUCACAGCCAGAGGGGUUUCACACUCCCCCCCCCCCCCCAUCCCUAGAAAACACAGCUGAUUUAAACUAAUUGCAUUCUAAAAUGAAGAUCAUAAUUAGUUGAUUAUUGAAGUCAGGUGUGUUAGCUGGGGGUAAAGUGUGACACCAAUCAGGCCCCCCCAACCCCCGAGGACGAAAGAUGCCCAUCCUUGAUCUAGAACAUAAAAAAGGCUCUUUGGCUGUUCCCAUUGAUGAACCCAUUUCGGUUGCAGGUUGCAGCCCUUUUCAUAGAGGGUUCUACCUGGAACCCAAAAAAGGUCAUUUGAAUGGUUCUCCCAUGGGGACAGCUGAAGAACCCUUUUGGAACUCUUUUUUUCCCGAAGAGUGUAGAGCUCUUUGAGAUACUGGAAAAGCACUUUAUAAAUCACAACCUCCUAAUGUCUGGGCUGGGUUUGUGUUUAUCCUGACCCUGUCUCCAAGGAAACGUGGUACUGGGACAGUAGUAAUGUGACAGAGAUGGUGAUGAGCGGAGUGAAGUGCACAGGGAACGAGAUGUCUCUGAGCCACUGCCAGCACCACAGGACCGUCAGCUGUCAGAAGACUGCUGCUAAGUUCUCUGCUGGAGUCAUCUGCUCAGAGAGUGAGUAACACUGUUUAGAAAAUGGUAGUUGGUGUCAUGACACAGUCUUAAACAUUAGUAACACAGUAACAUAAUCAUAAACAUUAAUAAACCGUAUGAUUCUAGAGCGGGUGACCAGAAUCUCCAACCGGUAUGAGUUAGACCAUUGAUACAGAUAAAGUAUUGGUUUGGUAUAAUACACUGAUACAGAUAAAGUAUUGGUUUGGUUAUAAUACAUUGAUACAGAUAAAGUAUUGGUUUGGUAUAAUACACUGAUACAGAUAAAGUAUUGGUUUGUUAUAAUACAUUGAUACAGAUAAAGUAUUGGUUUGUUAUAAUACAUUGAUACAGAUAAAGUAUUGGUUUGUUAUAAUACAUUGAUACAGAUAAAGUAUUGGUUUGUUAUAAUACAUUGAUACAGAUAAAGUAUUGGUUUGUUAUAAUACAUUGAUACAGAUAAAGUAUUGGUUUGUUAUAAUACAUUGAUACAGAUAAAGUAUUGGUUUGUUAUUAUACAUUGAUACAGAUAAAGUAUUGGUUUGUUAUAAUACAUUGAUACAGAUAAAGUAUUGGUUUGUUAUAAUACAUUGAUACAGAUAAAGUAUUGGUUUGUUAUAAUACAUUGAUACAGAUAAAGUAUUGGUUUGUUAUAAUACAUUGAUACAGAUAAAGUAUUGGUUUGUUAUAAUACAUUGUAAUCAACUAACAUAGAAAGCACUAAAACUGAGCUGGGUAUGGAAACUACAUGUUGACGGUUUGACCGUUACUACCCUCUCCUUUCCUCUCCUCUCCUCCCCUCCUCUCCUCUCCUCUCCUCUCCUCUCCUCUCCUCUCCUCUCCUCUCCUCUCCUCUCCUCUCCUCUCCUCUCCUCUCCUCCCCUCCUCUCCUCUCCUCUCCUCUCCUCUCCUCUCCUCCUCCUAUCUCCUCCUUUUUCCUUGUCUCCUCUCCUCCUCUCUCUUCUCAGCGGCAUCUGACCUGGUCCUGAAUGCUCCCCUGGUCCAACAGUCGGUGUACAUCGAGGACCGCCCCCUCCACAUGUUGUACUGUGCAGCGGAGGAGAACUGUCUGUCUAAGUCUGCCGCUAGCGCUAACUGGCCCUACGGACACCGCCGUCUGCUGCGGUUCUCCUCUCAGAUCCACAACAUCGGACGGGCCGACUUCAGGCCCAAGGCUGGACGCCACUCCUGGGUCUGGCACGCCUGUCACGGGUAACUAUGGCAACCUAGUCAUCUGGAGAAUAAUAUGGUGUGGUAACUAUGGACCACUAUAUCAAUUCUCUAUAUUAUUAUUGCUUACCGCGCAUGACAGGAAUGACAGGGUAGACAGGUAUGACAGGGAUGACAGAGAUGACAGCCUUAAUGCCUAAACAGUCAGAAAUAUGAUCGAUGUAGGAUCCAUAUAUUGUCCAUUGUUCAUUAAUUGGCAUGGUGUCAUCACUGUGUAAAUGCCCUGGACCAUAGCCAAUAUAAUUCUAACAAGUUCAAUGCUCAGCAAUAGUAGUAAUAAUGUACCUUGUACCCAAACAUGAGAGGUAUCCUCUUCAUUGUCUUAUGCUGUGGGCUGCAGCACAGCUAUCGGCUAGGCUGCAUGACUGUGCAUGGAUAGCGUACCUGAAUACUGAGCCAGUCAUGGGGUUCCAUCUGUCAGCUUGUCCCCUUGUGUGUUGGGUUUGAUGUGCCUCUCUGUUUUAGCAGUUGGCACUAAGGUCUGGGUAGAUGCUGAUCUCCCUCUGUUUCAUCACUUCAGCACUCAUGUCUGGGUAGAUGCUGAAUCUCCCCUGUUUGCAGCACUCAGGUACGGGGUAGGAUGCUGAUCUCCCCUCUGUUCAUGCACUCAGGUCUGGGUAGAUGCUGAUCUCCCCUGUUUUCAGCACUCAGGUCUGGGUAGAUGCUGAUCCUCGCCUCUGUUUCAGCACUCAGGUCUGGGUAGAUGCUGAGCUCUCCCUCUGUUUCAGCAACUCAGGCUUGGGUAGAUGCUGAUCUCCCUCUGUUUCAGCAGUUCAGCACUCAGGUCUGGGUAGAUUGCUGAUCUCCCUCUGUUUUCGCACUCAGGUCUGGGUAGAUGCCUGAUCUCCCUCUGUUUCAGCAACUCAGGUCUGGGUAGAUACUGAUAUCCCUCUGUUUGCCGACGGUCGGUGGGGCUGGAAUGCUGAUCUCCCCUGUUCGCACUCAGGUCUGGGUAUAUUGCUGAUCUCCCUCUGUUUCAGCACUCAGGUCUGGGUAGAUGCUGAUCUCCCUCUGUUUCAGCACUCAGGUCUGGGUAGAUGCUGAUCUCCCUCUGUUUCAGCACUCAGGUCUGGUAGAUCUGAUCUCCCUCUGUUUCAGCAGUUCACCUCAGGUCUGGUAGAUGCUGAUCUCCCUCUGUUUCAGCACUCAGGUCUGGUAGAUGCUGAUCUCCCUCUGUUUCAUCAGUUCAGCACUCAGGUCUGGGUAGAUGCUGAUCUCCCUCUGUUUUCAAGCACUCGGUCUGGUUAGAUGCUGAUCUCCCUCUGUUUACAGUCAGCACUCAGGUCUGGGUAGAUGCUGAUCUCCCUCUGUUUCAGCACUCAGGUCUGGGUAGAUGCUGAUCUCCCUCUGUUUCAGCAGUUCAGCACUCAGGUCUGGGUAGAUGCUGAUCUCCCUCUGUUUCAGCACUCAGGUCUGGGUAGAUGCUGAUCUCCCUCUGUUUUCAGCAGUUUCAGCACUCAGGUCUGGGUAGAUGCUGAUCUCCCUCUGUUUUCAGCACUCAGUCUGGGUAGAUGCUGAUCUCCUCUGUUCAGCACUGCAUGUCUGGUGUAGAUUGCUGAUCCCCCGCUGUUUUCAGCACUCAGGUCUGGGUAGAUGCUGAUCUCCCUCUGUUUCAGCACUCAGGUCUGGGUAGAUGCUGAUCUCCCUCUGUUUCAGCACUCAGGUCUGGGUAGAUACUGAUCUCCCUCUGUUUCAGCACUCAGGUCUGGGUAGAUGCUGAUCUCCCUCUGUUUCAGCACUCAGGUCUGGGUAGAUGCUGAUCUCCCUCUGUUAUCAGCACUCAGGUCUGGGUAGAUGCUGAUCUCCCUCUGUUGCAGCACUCAGGUGCUGGGUAGAUGCUGAUCUCCCUCUGUUUCAGCACUCAGGUCUGGUAGAUGCUGAUCUCCCCUGUUUCAGCACUCGGUCUGGGUAGAUGCUGAUCUCCCUCUGUUUCAGCACUCAGGUCUGGGUAGAUGCUGAUCUCCCUCUGUUUCAGCACUCAGGUCUGGGUAGAUGCUGAUCUCCCUCUGUUUCAAGAGCACUCAGUCUGGGUAGAUGCUGAUCUCCCUCUGUUUCGAGUUCACACUCAGGUCUGGUAGAUGCUGAUCUCCCUCUGUUUCAGCACUCAGGUCUGGGUAGAUGCUAUCUCCCUCUGUUUCAGCACUCAGGUCUGGGUAGAUGCUGAUCUCCCUCUGUUUCAGCACUCAGGUCUGUAGAUCUGAUCUCCCUCUGUUUCAGCAGUUCAGCACUCAGGUCUGGGUAGAUGCUGAUCUCCCUCUGUUUCAGCACUCAGGUCUGGGUAGAUGCUGAUCUCCCUCUGUUUCACAUUCAGCACUCAGGUCCUGGGUAGAUGCUGAUCUCCCUCUGUUUCAGCACUCAGGUCUGGGUAGAUGCUGAUCCCCCCUCUGUUUCAUACAGUUCAGCACUCAGGUCUGGGUAGAUGCUGAUCUCCCUCUGUUUCACAGCACUCAGGUCUGGGUAGAUGCUGAUCUCCUCUGUUUCAGACACUCAGGUCUGGGUAGAUGCUGAUCUCCCUCUGUUUUCAGCACUCAGGUCUGGGUAGAUGCUGAUCUCCCUCCCUGUUUCAGCACUCAGGUCUGGGUAGAUGCUGAUCUCCCUCUGUUUCAGCACUCAGGUCUGGGUAGAUGCUGAUCUCCCUCUGUUUCAGCACUCAGGUCUGGAUAGAUCUGAUCUCCCUCUGUUUCAGCAGUUCAGCACUCAGGUCUGGGUAGAUGCUGAUCUCCCUCUGUUUCCAGUUCAGCACUCAGGUCUGGGUAGAUGCUGAUCUCCCUCUGUUUCAGCAGUUCAGCACUCAGGUCUGGGUAGAUGCUGAUCUCCCUCUGUUUCUCAACAGCAGCUCAGGUCUGGUAGAUGCUGAUCUCCCUCUGUUCAGUUCACACUCAGGUCUGGGUAAUGCUGAUCUCCCUCUGUUUUCAGCACUCAGUCUGGGUAGAUGCUGAUCUCCCUCUGUUUCAGCAUUCAGCACUCAGGUCUGGGUAGAUGCUGAUCUCCCUCUGUUUCAGCAUCCAGGUCUGGGUAGAUGCUGAUCUCCCUCUGUUUCAGCACUCAGGUCUGGGUAGAUGCUGAUCUCCCUCUGUUUCAGCACUCAGGUCUGGGUAGAUGCUGAUCUCCCUCUGUUUCAGCAGUUCAGCACUCAGGUCUGGGUAGAUGCUGAUCUCCCUCUGUUUCAGCACUCAGGUCUGGGUAGAUGCUGAUCUCCCUCUGUUUCAGCACUCAGGUCUGGGUAGAUGCUGAUCUCCCUCUGUUUUCAAGCACUCAGGUCUGGGUAGAUGCUGAUCUCCCUCUGUUUCAGCAGUUCAGCACUCAGGUCUGGGUAGAUGCUGAUCUCCCUCUGUUUCAGCACUCAGGUCUGGGUGAUCUGAUCUCCCUCUGUUUCAGCACUCAGGUCUGGUAGAUGCUGACUCUCCCUCUGUUUCAGCACUCAGGUCUGGGUAGAUUGCUGAUCUCCCUCUGUUUCAGUUCAGCACUCAGGUCUGGGUAGAUGCUGAUCUCCCUCUGUUUCAGCAGUUCAGCACUCAGGUCUGGGUAGAUGCUGAUCUCCCUCUGUUUCAGCACUCAGGUCUGGGUAGAUGCUGAUCUCCCUCUGUUUCAGCACUCAGUCUGGGUAGAUGCUGAUCUCCCUCUGUUUCAGCAGUCAGCACUCAGGUCGGGGAUCUGAUCCCUGUUUCAGCCUCAGUCGGGUAGAUGCUGAUCUCCCUCUGUUUCAGCAGUUCAGCACUCAGGUCUGGGUAGAUGCUGAUCUCCCUCUGUUUCAGUUCAGCACUCAGGUCUGGGUAGAUGCUGAUCUCCCUCUGUUUCAGCAGUUCAGCACUCAGGUCUGGGUAGAUGCUGAUCUCCCUCUGUUUCAGCACUCAGGUCUGGGUAGAUGCUGAUCUCCCUCUGUUUCAGCAGUUCAGCACUCAGGUCUGGGUAGAUGCUGAUCUCCCUCCUGUUUCAGCACUCAGGUCUGGGUAGAUGCUGAUCUCCCUCUGUUGUCAGCACUCAGGUCUGGGUAGAUGCUGAUCUCCCUCUGUUUCAGCCUCAGGUCUGGUAUGAUGCUGAUCUCCCCUCUGUUUCGCAGUUCAGCACUCAGGUCUGGGUAGAUGCUGAUCUCCCUCUGUUUCAGCACUCAGGUCUGGGUAGAUGCUGAUCUCCUCUGUUUCAGCAGUUCAGCACUCAGUCUGGUAUGCUGAAUCCCUCUGUCAUAGCGCUCAGUUCGGUAUGCUUCUCUCUGUUUCAGCGUCGCACUCAGGUCUGGGUAGAUGCUGAUCUCCCUCUGUUUCAGCACUCAGGUCUGGGUAGAUGCUGAUCUCCUCUGUUUCAGCACGUUCAGCACUCAGGUCUGGGUAGAUGCUGAUCUCCCUCUGUUUUCAGCACUCAGGUCUGGUAGAUGCUGAUCUCCCUCUGUUCAUUCAGCACUCAGGUCUGGGUAGAUGCUGAUCUCCCCUCAUGGUUUCAGCACUCAGGUCUGGGUAGAUGCUGAUCUCCCUCUGUUUUUCAGCACUCAGGUCUGGUAGAUGCUGAUCUCCCUCUGUUUUCAGCAGUUCAGCACUCAGGUCUGGGUAGAUGCUGAUCUCCCCUCUGUUUCAGCACUCAGUUGGGUAGAUGCUGAUCUCCCUCUGUUUCAUCAGCACUCAGGUCUGGUAAAUGCGAUCCCUCGGUUCAGCCUCAGCUGGAGAUGCUGAUCUCCCUCUGUUUCGCAGUUCAGCACUCAGGUCUGGUAGAUCCUGGAUCUCCCUCUGUUUCCCUCAGCACUCAGGUCUGGGUAGAUGCUGAUCUCCCUCUGUUUUCAGCACUCAGGUCUGGGUAGAUGCUGAUCUCUCCAUCUGUUUCAGCAGUUCAGCACUCAGGUCUGGGUAGAUGCUUGAUCUCCCUCUGUUUCCAGCACUCAGGUCUGGGUAGAUGCUGAUCUCCUCUGUUCAGCAGUUCAGCACUCAGGUCUGGGUAGAUGCUGAUCUCCCUCUGUUUCAGACAACUCAGGUCUGGGUAGAUGCUGAUCUCCCUCUGUUUCAGCCAUCAGGUCAUGCUGGUAGAUCGCUGACUCCCUCUGUACGUUCAGCACUCAGGUCUGGGUAGAUGCUGAUCUCCCUCUGUUUCAGCACUCAGGUCUGGGUAGAUGCUGAUCUCCCUCUGUUUCACAGCAGUUCAGCACUCAGGGUCUGGGUAGAUCGCUGAUCUCCCUCUGUUUCAGCAGUUCAGUAACGCCCUCAGGUCUGGGUAGAUGUGAUCUCCCUCUGUUUCAUCACUCAGGUCUGGGUAGAUGCUGAUCUCCCUCUGUUUUCAGCACUCAGGUCUGGGUAGAUGCUGAAUCUCCCUCUGUUUCAGCACUCAGGUCUGGGUAGAUGCUGAUCUCCCUCUUUGUUUCAGCACUCAGGUCUGGGUAGAUGCUGAUCUCCCUCUGUUUCAGCACUCAGGUCUGGGUAGAUGCUGAUCUCCCUCUGUUUCAGCACUCAGGUCUGGGUAGAUGUGAUCUCCCUUGUUCACACACUCAGUCUGGGUAUGCUGAUCUCCCUCUGUUCAUCACCAUGGCUGGGUAGAUCUGAUCUCCCUCUGUUCAGUCACAUCAGGUCUGGUAGAUGCUGAUCUCCUCUGUUUCAGCACCCAGGUCUGGGUAGAUGCUGAUCUCCCUCUGUUUCAGCAGACAUAGAGGUCUGGGUAGAUGCUGAUCUCCUGUUCAGGCAUUUCAGCACUCAGGUCUGGGGUAGAUGCUAUCUCCCUCUGUUUCCAUUCAGCACUCAGGUCUGGGUAGAUGCUCGAUCUCCUCGUCAGCUUCGAUACUUAGGUCGGGUCAGAUCUGAUCUCCCUCUGUUUUUCAGCACUCCGUCAUGGGUAGUGCUGACCCUCUGUUGUCAGCACUCAGGUCUGGAGUAAUCGCUGAUCUCCUCUGUUUCAGCAAUCAGCUGUUGGUAAUCUAUCCCCUUGUUUCCAGAUUCAGCACUAGUCUGGGUAGUAUGCUGAUUCCCGUUUUCAAUCAGUUCAAGCCUCAGUCUGGUAGAUGCUGAUCUCCUCUGUUUCAGCACUCAGGUCUGGUAGAUCCUGAUCUCCCUCUGUUUAGCACUCAGGUUGGGUAAUGUGAUCUCCUCUGUUCUCACAGCAGCACUCAAUCGGUAGAUGCUGAUCUCCCUCGUUUUUCAAUCAGUCUUAGUUCUUUUUCAGCAGCUCAGUCUGGGUAGAUGCUGAUCUCCCUCUGUUUAGCAUUCCACUAGGUUGGGUGAUGCUGAUCUCCUCUUUAUUUCACACUCAGGUCUGGGUAUGGGGGUGGGAUCUCCUCUGUUUCAGCACUCAGGUAUGGUAGAUGCAUCUCCCUUUUUCAGCACUCAGGUUGGUAGAUGCUGAUCUCCCUCUGUUUUGCAUCAGGGUUUUGGGUAGAUGUUUAAAACUCCCUCUGUUUCAGCAUCAGGUCGGGUAAUUGAUCUCCCCCGUUUUUCAGCACUCAGGUCUGGGUAGAUCUGAUCUCCCCUUUUUCACACUCGGCUGGGGAGAUGCUGAUCUCCCCCCCUGUUUCACACUCCGGGGCUGGGUAAGCUGAUUCCCCCUGUUUCGCACUCAGGUCUGGGUAGAUGCGAUCCCCUCUGUUCAGCCCCUCAGGGCUGGGGAGAUCUGAUCUCCCUCUUUUCCCGGCACUGGGUUGGGGAGAUGCUGAUCUCCCUCUGUUUCCCCGCACCCCAAAACCUCCUCGACACUCCCGUUUGGGUAGAUGUGACCCCUCUGUUUCAGCACUAGGUCGGGUAAUUGGAUUCCCCCUUUUUUUUCAGCACUCAGGGUUUGGGGAAUCGAUCUCCCUUGUUUACACCAGGUCGGGUAGAUUUUGAUCUCCCCCGUUUUCAGCACUCAGGUCUGGGGAAUGUGAUCUCCCUCUUUUCAGCACUCAGGUCGGGUAAUGCUGUCUCCCCUGUUUCGCAUCAGGGCUGGGGAAUGUGAUCUCCCCGUUUUCAGCCCAUUUUGGGAACGAAAAUUCCCCCUUUUUGACCGGGGUUGGUGAUCCGAUCCCCCCCCUCGUUUUAAACCCGGGGCGGGAAAAUGCUUUCUCCCCCAGCCUCAGGUCGGGAACGUCUUCCCCUCUGUUUCGCCUAGGUCUGGGUUACAUUUCCCCUGUUUCCAAUAGUCUGGGGUAGAUCUGAUUUUCCCCCUUGUUUAGCCCCCUUUUGUUGGAAGGGGAAAUUCCUUUUCAACAAUCUUGGAAUUCUAUUCCCCUUUUAUAGUAGGGCCCCUUCCCGCCAAACUUAUAAAUUUUGGGGAACUCUUAAAAAAGGGGGUUGCGGAGGUUUCUUUAGGGAAACCCCCGUUCCCCCGGGGAAAGGGGGGGACGGAACAUUCUCGCUGGGGAAAGGGACUUUUUUCGGGAAGGGCCCCCUGGGUUUACCAAGGGAAAAACAAAUCUAUGGGGGACCCAAAGAGGGGUUAUUUUUUUGUGACAUUAAAAAUUUUGAUUCAGGGAAAAAAAAAAAUAAAAUUUUUUAAAACCCAAAAGGGGUUAUAUUUUUUUAAGUCCCGGUGAUAAAAGUUUUGCUCCCCCGGGGGAUAGAUUGCUGAUUCUUCCUCUGUUUCAGCACUCAGGUCUGGGUAUAGAUGCUGAUCCUUACCUCUGUUUACAGCACUCAGGUCUGGCGUAGAUGCUGACUUCCCUUGGUUUCAGCACUCAGGGUCAUGGGUAGAUGUGAUCCUCUUCCCCUGCAUUAGGUCAAGGCACCCCGGAUUCCUGCUUGCAAGGCGAAACCAAUUAGCCCCUUGACUUCAAAGCUGUGAAUCCGUACAAUCAUAGAGCGAGAGCCGCUGCGGAGUGUUAAUCAGUGGUACGGGACCCAGCUUCUCCUGCCCGAACAGUUCGUGAGCAGAAGUCAAGAACAGUCUCCUCAAGAACAGUCUCUCGUAUAGUAGCGGCCAGCUCUUUCUGUUGUCUGGUAUUGAGGGCCGCCAUGUUCCCACGGGAUAAUUGUGGACGGACAAAUUCUAGCUGCUGGAGCGUAAUAGACCUGUUAGUUAUUUCUUGUUGCAUGAAUGUCCCACACCUUAAUAUGAUGUUCAGUAUUGACCAGGUUUAGGAAAUAAGUCAGAAGCUAAGUUUGCUGGAACAAGCAGGAAGAUGGGUCCUAUGAAUCUGUUCUAUAGUCUAGGUUGAUCAAGUAAAUGCUGUGUCAUUCACAGCACAGAAUAUAAAAUAAGAGUUGAUGUUACACAUCAGAUGUUUUAACUAUUGUUGGACUCCCCAUGCAGGCACUACCACAGCAUGGACAUAUUCACCCACUACGACCUGCUGUCAUCCAACGGGACCAAGGUGGCUGAGGGACACAAGGCUUCCUUCUGUCUGGAGGACACAGAGUGUCACGAGGGUGAGUCUGGGAGGCAAACCAAUCAGAACAGGAUUUACUGGAGGGCCAGCCAAUCGGAACAGUCUACUGUGGUCCACCCAAUCAGAACAGGGUCUAUUGGAGUGCCAUCCAAUCAAAACAGCCUUUACUAGAUGGUCAGCCAAUCAAAUAUAGCCUUUAUUUGGGUGUUAACCUCUACGGGAUUGGUGUCCCGUAUAUGGGACGGUUGAGCUAACGUGCGCUAAUGUGAUUAGCAUGACUGUUGUAAGUAACAGUAAACUUUCCAGGACAUAGACAUGUCUUAUAUGGACAGAAAGCUUAAAUUCUUGUUAAUCUAACUGCACUGUCCACUUUACAGUUGCUAUUACAUUUUUACAUUUACGUCAUUUAGUAGACGCUCUUAUCCACAGCAACUUACAAAUUGGUGCAUUCAACUUAUGAUAGCCACCCUACUUUUUUAUUUAUUAUUAUUAUAAUUUUUUUAAUGGGGGGGGUGGGGGAGGGGGGUGUAGAAGGAUUGCUUUUAUACUAUUCCAGGUAUUCCUUAAAGAGGUAGGGUUUCAAGUGUCUCCGGAAGGUGGUCAGUGACUCCGCUGUCCUGGCGUCGUAGGGGAGCUUGUUCCACCAUUGGGGUGCCAGAGCAGCGAACAGCUUUGACUGGGCUGAGCGGGAACUGUGCUUCUCUAGAGGUAGGGGGGCCAGCAGGCCAGAGGUGGAUGAACGCAUUGCCCUCGUUUGGGUGUAGGGACUGAUCAGAGCCUGAAGGUACAGAGGUGCCGUUCCCCUCACAGCUCCGUAGGCAAGCACCAUGGUCUUGUAGUAGAUUACAGUGAAAAAAUACGAUGCUAUUGUUUGAGGAGAGUGCACAACAACGUAUCACGGCAACCGGUUUGAUACAUUCACCUCUGGAGGUAAAUAAUGUACUUACAUUCAGUAAUCUUACUCUGAUUUGUCAUCCUAAGGGUCCCAGAGAUAAAAUGAAGCAUAGUUUUGUUUGAUAAAAUCAAUUUAUAUAUUAAAAUGUAGGAACUGGGUUCUACCGUUUGAACCCCUGCUGUCUCUGGCUCCACACCCACCCUGCCCGGCCAUCUAGAUGUGUGAAAGUUAGUGUAUAAGCUAAUGAUCCAUCAUGUAUGACAUUCCUGGGAGUGUGUAAACUUAAAUUUAUUAUUACCAUAUCAUUUUUGUAUGUUCUCUAUAGUUAUGUACUUGAAAAUGUAUCAAUUGACCAAUUCGGCACAUUUGGGCAGACUUGAUACAAAAUAGUCCAGUAUUGCAAUGCUUCACUGGAUCAAUCUGAAACUCUGCACACACACACACUGCUGCCAUCUAGUGGCCAAAAUCUAAAUUGCGCCUAAACUGUAAUAUUAUAUUGUGGCCUUUCUCUUGCAUUUCAAAGAUUAUAAAAAAAUAAAAAAUAAAACGCAUGUUUUUUUGUUUGUAUUAUCUUUUACCAGAUCUAAUGUGUUAUAUUCUCCUGCAUUAAUUUCACAUUUCCACACACUUCAAAGUGUUUCCUUUCAAAUGGUAUCAAGAAUAUGCAUAUCCUUGCUUCAGGUCCUCAGCUACAGGCAGUUAGAUUUGGGUAUGUCAUUUUAGGCGAAAAUUGAAAAAAAGGGUCCGAUCCUUAAGAGGGAUAUCUUAUCCAAAUCCAAGUGAAACAUUCUGUAUCUGGUUUUGGAGAAUAUAGUAUUUUUGGUUAAAAGUCUAAUUGUUGUAAUCUGUGUUCUCCAGGUAUCUCUAAGAGGUAUGAGUGUAUCUGUGUUCUCCAGGUAUCUCUAAGAGGUAUGAGUGUAUCUGUGUUCUCCAGGUAUCUCUAAGAGGUAUGAGUGUAUCUGUGUUCUCCAGGUAUCUCUAAGAGGUAUGAGUGUGCUAAUUUCGGAGAGCAGGGCAUCACCGUGGGGUGUUGGGACCUGUAUCGCCAUGACAUCGACUGCCAGUGGAUCGACAUCACCGACAUAAAACCAGGAAACUACAUCCUACAGGUGAACUACCAUUUCCUUUUCGAGGCUGUUAAAAAAAUCCCGGGGAGGCCCUGAAUUAGACAUAUAACUUCCAAAAUGUGUAACUGCAUGACAUUUUGAAAUAUGGCAAACUACAAAUGUAAGUUGUGUUUGAUGUUCCAUCAUUUCAGAUUGUGAUCAAUCCAAACUUUGAAGUGGCAGAGAGUGACUUCACCAACAACGCCAUGAAAUGCAACUGCAAAUACGACGGCCACCGGAUCUGGCUUCACAACUGUCACAUGGGUGAGAAGCUGCACCCCCUGAGAUUUGUCAUUUGAAAAACAGUCCAUGGACUUAAGUUAACUAACAUGUUUUAUUGAUCUCCAGUCUGAAAAGGCUCCUCUGUAGGGAAUAUGCUGCCAUUUUCAGACAUAACCUAAGUUUGUUCCAGACUCUUCCAUGGUUUUCUGUCUCUGACUGUUGGUUGCCCCUACAGGUGAUGCCUUCAGUGAGGAGGCAGAGAGGAAGUUUGAGAAAUACCCAGGACAGCUCAACAACCAGAUCUCAUAA